AUGGUUGUGGAAAGAGUGUCUAUGGAGAGGGUGUGUGUGACAGCAGGCGGGGGAUUUAUUGGGUCUUGCCUUGUCAAGAAUCUCUUGGAAAGAGGCUAUAUUGUUCAUGCCACCUCCACAGAUCCUGAAAAUCCAGCUAAAACUAGUCAUCUGCUAUCCUUAGAGGGAGCGAAGGAGAGGCUCCAUCUCUUCAAAGCUAACUUAUAUGAAAAGGGUAGCUUUGAUUCUGCCAUUAAUGGCUGUGACUUUGUCAUUAACCUGGCCACAUCUCUUGACUAUACCAAAGACCCAGAGAAGUAUCAGUUAAUAUUUACAAUUCUUAUCAAAUUUUUCACUUACUACCUUUCUUUGUUUAUUUAUCAGUUAGGUUUUAUCCAGCCCACCAUUGAGGGAAGUCUUGACAUCCUAAGAGUCUGCAAGGAAGCCAAAACAGUGAGGCGGGUAAUCCAUAUUUCAUCUAUUACAGCAGCCAUCCCGCUUACUGAGAAUGGGGAGUUCAAAGGCAAGCUUGAUGAAUCAUGCUGGACACCUAUUCAAUAUAUGAGAAGCAAGAAGCCUCUAUACUGGGGUGUACAUAGUCUUUAA